AUGUCGUCUGCGGGGGAUGUAGAGGCGUUGCAGGCGGCGCUGGGCGAGGCGACGAUGAGGGCUGUCCCGGCCCUGGUCUCGUGCAUAUUCUUCGGGAUGUUCUCGUUGCUCUAUGCUGGGUCGUCGUUUCAAUUGGUGAAACGAGGGCUUCACCAACGGUCCAAUGCCGCUAUGCUCCUAAUCACGACUGGGAUGUACGCCGCAUCAGCACUCUACCUUUCCAUGGACAUGCACUCCUACCUCUCGGCCCUGGCGUACCCCGGCCGAAUACUAUCCGUGGGAGACCGUACUUCUGUGCACCAAGCUACGGUGUUGACCGUCUCGAUCGGGUGGAACUUUAUGUUUAGCGAUCUCAUUGUGCUUUGGAGAGCUUGUGCGCUUUGGAAGGAGAAGAGGGCGGUGAAGUGGGUUUCUAUCGGGAUAUGGCUUAUAGCGUUUGUCCUUGCGCUCGGAGACAUCGCGACAAGCACACGGCGCCCAGAUAAGAUACUCGUCGAUAGCACGGUCAAGCUCGGAGGUAUCAACUUCGUGGUGCCACAGCCAACCAUGAACCGUUGGGGCCAGAUCUGCAUCUUCAUCUCCUUUCUGGCAAACCUGUGGGUGACCGUACUUUACGCCAUCAAGACCUGGAAAUUUCGCAAACUGGCCAAGAGUCGAGUAUAUGCGGACGAUCCGGAGACGCAACUACUGUACCAGAUCCUCGCCAUCUUGUUCUACUUUAGUGUGGCGUACUGCAUCUUUUGGCUCAUCUUCAUCACGAUCAGCAUCACCGACACAGGCGAUAUGUCAGGAUCCAAGGAACAUCUCGCGCUCGAGGGAGCCAUAGCGCAGAUAACAGGGAUGUACCCGACCGCGAUCGUCGUGCUCGUAGGUUGGCAUCAACGGCGCGCCGAGGAAGCCGCAGCACAAGGUCGAUUACCUUCACGCGCUCGUAGCACAAGACCGCACGAGCAGCUGGACUCGGUCGUACUGUCAGACCCUUCCAGUGACGAGGUGGACCGCAGUCCGCGAACGGGCGCGUCGCAGCACGCAUUCUUGGAAGGAGAGGACGAGGACUACGGGGACUCGAAGGAGCCCGACACGGAUGGCGCGCUUGGCUCAGAGUCGGCUACUUUUCGCAAUGAUAGCGAUCUGAGCAAGAGCUCGGGGAGCCAGCGGGCUGCGCCGUAG